AUGUCAGGUCUAGAGGUACUUGGCCUCGUCCUCGGCGGUCUACCCCUGGUCAUAUCAGCCCUUCAGAACUAUAAACGGGUUCCACAAGGAAUUGGCAGAUGGCGAAGAUAUACCAGCGAGAUAGCCAGCAUAAUUCGACAACUACAGUCACAGGAAUGUAUCCUGACAGACUUGUGCGAAAAGCUACUCGAAGAUCUCGGUCUCGGGUCAAGGAUUGAUGCCAUGAUCAAGGAGCCGUUCGGCCCUCUGUGGCAAGAUGAUGGCACCAAGGAAAGGCUGCGACAGCUUUUGUAUAGAGACUACACCGUCUUUCAGGAAACCAUCAAGGAAAUGUCUAUUGCGAUGGAUGAUCUGAAGAAGAGGAUUGGCCUCGGUCCGGACGGCGAAAUGAAUGGAAUUGAUAUCACAUUAUGGAAACGUGAACUGAAGCGCUUCUCCUUUACAUUCAACAGGAGCGAGUAUGCAGACCUCAUGCGCAUACUCAGAGAUGGCAACGAGUGUCUUGAGAGCUUGAUCCGACACAACAAGGACUUGGAGCCAAGACGAAAGCAGAGGUUUCAAACACGUGAACUCGGUCUGCUCCGAGUCGUCUCCCAAAAUGUCUUUCGGGCUCUACAAAAUAGCAUUGCAUGCUCAUGCAAUCACGCCCUCGGCCUGGAGCUCUGCCCAGUCAAGAGACAUGGAGAGCUAAAGGAGCAUGAUUGUGAUAUAGUUUCUGGAUUUGAGUUUCGGGUAGGUAUCUCAGGGGCAGGACUGUCAUGGAACAUCUGGAAAGAGUUGCUUCUUUUACCCUCGAUAGGUAUACAAGACAGCCAGAAGACCAGCAUCUCAUCGUCACGGACACUUGUAUCACCGAGCUCUAUCAAGGUUCAGAAAAGCUACUGGAGACGAUUUCGUAGAAGUAGCUCGGUUUCAAUCCACUCGGAGCAAGAUAUGACAUGUGCAGAAACAAAUCAAGUGGACUUGACUCCUCCACAGUCGCCGGAAACGACAGACAAGUCAACGAAAUUGGGAAUCAACCCGCCAUCAAUUCCGAUCGACGAUAUAUGCUCAACAAUCGUCAAUUCUAAUAGGCCAGCCUCGUCGUUUUACGGCUCCAUUUCUACCUAUCAUCAAGCCAAGUUCUCGAACUUCGAUGUUCACACUGCCACAACCUCCAACGGUCAUGGCUCUGAUCUGAUCACGCUCGAUCAAGUGCUCAGACGGAACGACAGUUCAUCCAACCAACUCUCCUAUACACAAAAGAUCCGACUAGUUUACUUGGUUUCGACGGCAGUACUGCAAAUACCCGAAAGCUCAUGGUGGACGGAUACUUCAUUGAGCAGAGAUAUCAUCUUUAUUCAAAAGCAAGGGUUCAUAGACUUCCAACGCGUCUUUAUCGGGCGAGACGCCGUCGACCAAACCCCGCCAGCGCUCCUCAACAAGCUCAUGAUUGACCCCCGACGACAUGUUAGGAAUCCAGCCUUGCUAGCCUUGGCCAUUGUCCUCGUCGAGAUCAUGCUGGCCAGGCCGUUUGAAGAGCUGCGCGCCGAGACUACACCUUGGAAUGUGGCUGCCAUUACCGACGCACGGUCGGACCUGGAAGCUGCGCAAAAGCUGGCCCAUCGUGUCCAUAACGAGUUUGGCUCGAUGGUGGGCAGCGCGAUACGGCGUUGUGUCACGGGCGAUUUUGACUGUGCGAAUAUCAGCCUAGAAGACGAGGAGUUCCGGCAAGAGUUCAAUGCAGGUGUUGUUGCACUACUGAAAGAUAAUAUGAAGUAUGCAGGUCUGUCAUAG